GAAGAAUGAUUAUAUUUGUUGUAAUUGGAACAGAUGGUGAAAAGGAAAUUGUAGAUGUUAAAGAUAGCACCUCUGCUCAGGGUGUUGAACAUGGGGACGUUGACGUGGAUGUGGCUCAAUAGCUGCAUAGCGGAGAUUUUGGUGGCACAUUUGCUCCACCAAAAGUAAAUUCACGGAAAAAAGGCAUACCGAAUUAUUUGUCACUGGACAUGAAUUGCAGCCAGGUUAUGAAAUGCGGAUAAUAAAAUCUAGACGUUUUGCAAUGUUAAGAGAGCGUGGUGGACACCAAUUUGUUGGGCUUGAACUUCGAGCUUCCAUGGAUAAUGUUUCAGAUCAGGCUAGUCUUGAACCUGAAAGAGUUAUGAAGAAGAGAAAGAAGAGGCUACAUGUGUCUUGUCGUGAGUAUUAUUGCUAUAAACUAAAAGUUCGAAAUUCAGGUAAUUGUAUUUUAUUGCAUGCUGGUAGGCUUUUUCAACAAUAUGUUGUUGAUAUGUAUGUGAAAAUUGAAACUGCUAGAUUAGAUUACUUUCGUAAUAACCAAAAACAAAUACGGGCUGAACUUUAUCAAGGAAUUAUUGAUAGUGUUGAAAUAGGUGAAAGUAGAGGUUAUAAGGUCGGUCGAAAAAUUAUUUUACCAUCAUCUUUCACAGGUGGACCUAGGGAUAAUAAAAAACGAUAUAUGGAUGCAAUGGCAUUGGUUCAAAGAUAUGGUAAACCCGAUAUCUUUUUAACAGUAACUUGCAAUCCUAAUUGGCCAAAUAGAGCAAGAACUAAGGCACAAUGAUGAAAAGCAAAAUAGGCCUGAUUUGCUUGCACGAAUAUUUAGAGCUAAAUUGGAGGAGUUAAAAAAUGAUUUGUUUAGAAAACAUAUUUUAGGACCCAUUGUUGCAUACAUAUACGUAAUCGAAUUUCAAAAGAGAGGUCUACUGCAUGCACAUUUUUUGUUAAUUUUUAAAUCGGGAUCAAAAGUCACUUUAGUUGAUUUGGUUGAUAAAAUUGUUUGUUGUGAAAUUCCAGACAAAAAUCAUUACCCCCAUUUAUAUCCUAUUGUUGUAAAACAUAUGUUACAUGGUCCUUGUGGAACAUUAAAUCCAAAUAAUGUUUGUAUGGAAAAUAAUAAAAUAUGCCAAUAAGUAUCCAAGAGAAUAUGCAAUGACGACGUCACUUGGUGAUGAUUCAUAUCCACGAUAUAGACGGCGCAGUAAUGGUCAACAAGUUAAAGUCAGGGGACAUUUCUGAUAAUAGAUGGGUUGUACCUUACAAUCCUUUUUAAUAGCUAAAUAUGACUGCCAUAUCAACAUAGAAAUAUGUUCAACUGUUAAAACUAUCAAAUAUUCAUAUAAAUAUAUUUAUAAAGGACAUGAUCAAAUAACUUUUUCCAUAUAUGACAAUGAACGAGAAGAUAUUGAUUGAAUUUC